AUGGACAACGCAAGCAGGCAGCCUCAGGGGCGUCUGGACGCUGCUGGCUUCUGGCAGAUCUGGCAACACUUCGACAGGGAAGAAAAAGGUUACAUAAGAGAGACAGAGCUGGAUGCCUUCUUCGACCGUUUGCUGGCAAAAUCUGGCACAGAGGACGCGCUGAUGCAAGAAAAUGUGCAGAAAGUGAAGCAACAGUUAACAGCCACCCACGGUGUCUCUAAAGAAGGUCGCAUACCGAUGAAAGAGCUGGCCAGUAUGUUCCUAUCUGAGGAUGAAAAUUUCCUCCUGUUCUUUCGCCUGGAAACUCCUCUGGAUAACAGCGUGGAGUUCAUGCAGAUUUGGCGCAAAUACGAUGCAGACAGCAGUGGCUUCAUAUCAGCUGCUGAACUUUGUAACUUUCUCCGAGACCUUUUCCUCCACCACAAAAAAGCUGUUUCUGAGGCUGAACUGGAGGAGUACACCAGCACCAUAAUGAAGAUCUUUGACAAAAACAAAGACGGCCGUUUGGAUCUUAACGACUUGGCGAGGAUUCUGGCUCUUCAGGAGAACUUCCUUCUCCAGUUUAAAAUGGAUGCAUCUUCUACUGAAGAAAGGAAGAGGGACUUUGAGAAAAUCUUUGCCCAUUAUGAUGUUAGCAAAACUGGGGCCCUGGAAGGCCCUGAAGUGGAUGGAUUUGUCAAAGACAUGAUGGAGCUGGUCCAGCCCAGCAUCAGCGGCGUGGAUCUGGAUAAGUUCCGGGAGAUUCUGCUUCGCCAUUGUGAUGUCAACAAGGAUGGAAAGAUCCAGAAGUCUGAGCUGGCACUGUGUCUCGGGCUGAAAAUAAACCCUUGA